AUGGGGAAGCCGUCGCCCCCGGGCAUCUUUUGCCACUGUCUCACGAGGCGCUCCCGCCGAGCCUGCGCUCUUGGUUUCCACCGUUACAUCCUGCGUCGAGCCCCGUUUCUAGCACUCAGCUUCGGCAACGGCGAGCUGCGUGGCUCACUCCGGGCGGUGGCAGACAUGCUUGCCUAUCCCUUGCCAGAGGGCCCGGCUGAAGUGAGGCCGAAAACCCUCUUGGGAGGCUCCGCGCCCAGUCGACCUGGGCGAGCGAAGCCGCAAAGCGCGCCGGCGAAGCCUCGCUUUUUGGGGGCCUCCGCCUUUGGGGCCUUUCUGCCUGCUGCACUUCUGGCAAGAUCCUGCCGCCGAUUGGCCGGAGGAGUGCUGCGAUGCCCGCAUUGGCUGAAGCAGGCCAGAAGAGUCGCCCGCAGGGCGGAGGAAGAUCAGUUCGUGCAGAACAUCAAGGCGCUGAUGCCCAACAAGGAGGUGGUCUUGGAGGGAGACAGAUCACCCGAGCAAGAGGAGCAGCCUUACCAUCCCAGCCGCAAAGCCGCAAAGUUCUUGAAACUGAGGGAGAUGCAGCAGCUGGCCAGGGAGUACUUGGAGGAGCAAGGGAUAGACUUGGAUGAGAAUGUGAAGGUUAUCGGAUUGCAAGACCGGACUAUGGCAGAGGAUCCGGAGAAGAAGUACCGAACAGACAAGACCUUGAUGAUGGAAGCCUACGACCGUGGCGAGAUACAGCUCAUGGAGAUGACCUGCAAGGACUUGUUGGCCGUCAAGCCCCACGACGCGGAGGUCUGGCGGAUGCUCACCUUGGGCCGACUCCGCCUGAAGCUCUGGGACGUGGCCCUGGAAGCGGCUCGGCGGUGGAUUGCCUUCGAGCCGCAGUCGCUGAACCCUCGCUGCGCGGAAGCUUUCGCACAAGCCGGGAGCCAGGAGCUGGACGGCGUGAAGGAAGCACGCGUCCGGUUCGCGCAACUGUACAAAGAAGUGACCAGCAUGGACUCCAAGGGCGAAGGCGUCCGUGAUGUUGCGGUCGAGCUGCAAGAGUGCGUCUGGCGAUGCGAUGAGCUGCUGGAGCACCGCAAAGCAGAGGAGCAGAAGGAGCAGAAGGAGCAGAAGGAGGCCCAGGCCGGCCACGUCUCCGGGCAGAGGUGCAAAGGGUCCUCAGAGUUAGCCGAGGAGCCCCAGCCCUGCAACCUGAGCGCUCGCCCGGCCACGGUCCUCACCGGAGCGAGGCCCCGGCUGAAGGACGUAGAGCGCCCAUGCAACACUCAGAUUCACUUCUAUGCCUUAUGCCUUUAUGUCGUCCAAGCAGACGACGAGGAGUUGGGAGGUGGAGCGGUCCACCCCCGCAAGAUCGUUGUCACCAAGGCGGGUGAGCCCUUGUUUGUGCAGAAUUCCUUGGCCUUCUCUGCCGUGGAUCAGGCUGGGGACACGGUGCGGCUGAAGACAGCACUGGUCACUGCCGCGACGUUGUCCCCAAGACAAGCAAAGCUUCUCGACAUCCUCUUGGACCGCAGCGACUGGGAGGACUCCGACAGCGAUGCCGUCAUGGCGGCCCUCGACGACCCGAAGGUCGUUCGGGAGUUUGGCCCCUGGAGCUCCGACGCGGAGUCCAUGAUCGAUCACUUGCAGGUCUGCGAGCAGCUGGUCCUGGAGUCACAAAUCCUCACGGGGAAGAACUAUGCCGGCAUUUGGGUGCUUCCGGCCAUGGCGCGACACAGCUGUGCACCUUCAGCUGUCUACACGAUCUGGGGUGACGUGAUGGUUGCGCGAGCUUCGCGGAAUCUGAAAGCGGGAGAUGAGGUCACUUUCGGAUUCAUGGACCUUUGGCUUCGCUUGGACAUGCGCCAAGAGAAGUUCACCAACGCCGCGGGUGGCGACGGCUUCUGGUGUAGGUGCCCGCGCUGCGAGGGGGAAGCCACGUGGCCCUCAAAGGUGGCCGUGGCGUCGGCAGACCUUGAGCUCAGGUUCGAGAAGCAAAGGAGCCGGGUUGAGGGAAUCCUGCGUUCGCUGGACCUGAAGCUGGAAGAGAGGCGCCAGAACAUGCAGAAGCAGUACGACGCCAUCCGCGACAGUGAGGAUCAGCGGAUCGAGUACGAAGCAGGACUGCUGGGCUUGGCGGAUCGCUUCGACAACCUGAAGGGCAUGCCAAAGGACGAGGACAUCGAGGAGCUCCGCAAGUACUUCCCGGAGAACAACGAGCCAGAGUUGGUCGAAGUGCGGGCCGACUUGGCCGAGGACCUCCUGGAUGCGAUCAUCACCUUCGAGAAGGAGGUGAAUGAGAGCGACUUACCGGAGGAGCAGCGCCACUGGGUGCUCGCGAAUCACUUCGCGCAGUACAGCGAGCUCCUGGCCAUCUUGCGCUUGCGCCGCGACGUGGAGGCCCAGCGCAGAGCGCUGGGAGGCAUCCUGGACGCCGUGGCAGCGACUCAUCCGGGCAGCUUUGAGCACCUGCGGCUUUCUGUUCUGCUCUGGGAGGUCUCGGCUCAGUGCGAAGAUCCGACCCUGAUGCGUGAGGACCUUGUUCGGGACCUAAUCCCAAAGGAGCUGGACAGAGUUCGGGAAGCAAUCAAAAUCAGAUAUGGGCGCGAUCUCGAUGACACAGAGGUGAGCGCCACAAUGGCCAGGAUCGCUUCGACAAGCAUCAUUGACGAGAACUGGAUGUGGGACAUCACGUGGUGUGCGGGGCGGAAUUAUGCUCCCGAGCCCGCGCGGGGUCCUUCCGGCAAGGCCAGCGGAAGCGGGGAGCAGGGGUGGGACUGGCAAGAGCAGAACGGGCGGGUGGAAGCGGCCAGGUCCGGACCCAUGGGUGGCUCUGCUGGCGCCACCAGAGUCAUUGGUAAAGGCCAGCGGCGGCUUAUGACCAAAGGCAUCAAGAUGGGUAGCUGGGUUGCUGUAUCGUAUCGUGUCCCCAUCAAGCAAGAAAUAGACGAGAAUGACACUGGCCACUACGAAGGGAGGAUAAUUGACAAGCGUAUCGGCGGCCAGGAUCGGGAGUCCUUCAUCGAGCUUAAGGACGUUUUGAAGGUGGACAUCGAUGGAAACAUUAUCGGCAAAGAAAAGCAAAAGCGACUUAUAGAUGCUUUCAUUGAGGACUGCAAGGUCAUCGACAAAAGAGACGAGACGUGGGAUGCCAUCAAGACGCAAAGCGAAGCUGAAGCCGCAAAGCUGCAAGGCCCGCCUGCGGUGGUCAACCAGACCACCACCAACGAUGAUGACGGCGACGGAAUGCCUAUGAUGGGCAUGAUGCCUGGAAUGAUGAUGAUGCAGAACAUGAUGCAAGGCAUGAUGGCGGCCAGCAUGAUGCAGAAUGCGGCCAUGAUGGGAGGCAUGGGCUGUGGAGGCUGCGGCUGCAAGGCUGGAUGUGGCGGUUGCCCUGGUGGCGCUGCUGCAUGCCCUGCUGCGUGCCCCAGUGCAUGUCCCGGAGCAUGCCCUGCACCCUGCCCUGGUGCCUGCCCUGGCGCCUGUCCUGGCGCCUGUCCUGGCGCCUGCCCAGGCGCGUGUCCCGGUGCCUGUGCUGGUGCCUGCCCUGGCGCGUGUCCCGGCGCUUGUCCUGCCGCUGCCUGCCCUGGCGCGUGCGCUGGUGGGUGCUCUGGAGGCUGUUCCGGUGCAUGUCCUGCCUGUCCUGGCGCCUGCCCUGCAGGGUGUGCGGGGGCAUGUACUGGUGGUUGUGGCUGCCCCACAGCCUGCCCGACCUGCCCAGCCUGUCCCGGUUGUUGUGCUGGGUGUGGGUGUGGGUGUGGUUGCCCAGGGUGCGGAUGUGGAGGGUGCGGUUGCGGCGGUUGUGGCGGUUGCGGCUGUUGUGGCUGCGGCUGCCCCGCCGGCUGUUGCUGUGGGGGGUGCCCAGGAUGUGGCUGUGGCUGCUGUCCUGGUUGCUGCGGUUGUGGCGCUAUGGGAAAUGCAAUGUGUGGACAAGGGCCGGGCUGUAUGGGCUGUGGCAACAUGGCUCCUUGCAUGGGCGGCAUGAGUCCCAACAUGAGCCCGAGUGCUGCGCCCAGUGGUGGAGACGGCCGAAGCAGAAGUCGUAGCCCAAAGCCAAAGUCGUAG